AUGUCGAGAAAACGUGGUUUAUCUCUUGAUGAAAAACGCGACAAGAUGAUUGAGUUUUUUUAUGAAAAAAAAGAUUUUUACACUCUUAAAGAGCUAGAAAGAUUGUGUCAUAAGGAAAAGGGAAUACCGUCAAUGACAGUCAAAGACGUCCUAAUGAGUCUUGUAUUUGAUGGUCUUGUUGAUUCUGAUAAAAUUGGCACGUCUACAUAUUUUUGGGCAUUUCCUAGUAAAGCUGGUCAGAAUCGACGCAAAAAGAUUAGCGAGUUACAAGCGGAGGCCUCUCAACUUGAAUCCCGUUAUUAUGAAUUAGAAGACGCACUCUCAAAGGCUCGGGCAAGUAAAGAGGACACGGCCGAACGGCAGCAAGCCAUAUCUUCGUUGAGUUCAAGUCAAUUGAUCCUUGAAAAGAUUAAGGUUGAUUUCUCAAACUUUCAACGUUAUCAUCCUUCGCGUUUAGGAGAGCUGAAAUCCCAAUCUGAUUCCGCGAUCGAUUCAGCAAACAGUUGGAUCAAAAACAAGUUCGGUCUAGAUGAAUCUCUUCUUAGGAAGCAGUUCCAAAUCCCCGAGAACUUUGAUUACAUUGACAAUUGA